AAAGGGUUCAAAGCAAAAACACAUAAAACAUUCCAUUGACAGUGUUGUUGAAAGAAGUUCACCAACAUUAUUUAAAAAUAAAUCAUUGCUGUCAAAUAAAUUGUGAUAAAAAACUAUUACCUGUAUUGCAAUGAAUACCCAAGUUCGGCCGGGACCGGAACAUGUAAGAAUACUACAAUCAGAAUCUGGCAUGUGUCGGAUGUGCACCACAGAAGCUCGCCCGGUCAUAUCGUUGAACGAAAUCGUAGAAGAUAUCAGUCUGGUUGCGAUGCUUCGAUACUGUGCAAGCCUAAUGAUCGACGAAUUCGACGGAUUUCCAUACCAAUGUUGUUCCGAUUGUAAAGGAAAUUUGCUGGUAGCCUAUAAGCUAAAGAAGAAAGUCCAACAUUCCGAUGAAUGGUUUCGUAGUCAAAGUCACAAAGAUGAGGGAAAACGAUGGAACGCUCUGGAAGAAGAUGAACAACAUUUCGUGGAUGAGACUGUCAAAAACGAGUUUUUGGAAGACUGCGAACCGAAUGUGGUUAGUGUUUACGCAGAGACAUCAUUCGCCACCGACCCAGAGUUGAAACCUUCUAUAAAAGAAGAAUUCUUGUCUGAGAAAACAAAUGAAUCGUAUAAAAAGGACGAUUCAAGAGAACAGAGCGAUGGCAGUGAAAGUAAUGCUUUCAAACCUGAAAUCGAGUCAGAUGAUGAUGAUGAUGAUGUGCCGGUUGCCAAGCUUGUAAGGCGCGGGAGAAAACGUGCCCCUGGAGGAGUCGUCAAAAGAUGUUGUCAAUGUAAAAUCACCCUUUCAUCAAUGGCCGAAGCACUUCAACACGCUCAAGACACACAUCUAGAUGCUAAGUGCACGGAUCCGGAUAAAAUUUUAUUACGACCAUAUGAAUGCCAGAUUUGCUUCAAACGUUACUCAUCUACUAAAGUUUUCUACCGACAUACUAAUCUUUUAUACUUGGAUAAUCAAUUCAAAUGUGAUGAGUGUGAGGAAUGUUUCAAUAACGAAACUAAACUUUUGAAACAUAAACAGAAACACGGCAAAGAAGUUGUUCAGUUGUACAGUAAGCGCAAAGGACAGUUACCGCGAUGUUGCGCCUGUUUCAAGCAAUUCGAAACAGAAAAAAUCCUUAAAGAACAUGCAGAAAUGGUUCACAAACCAGAAAACCUUCUAUCUACUGACAAGGAUAACAAGUAUCAAUGUGAUUUAUGCUUUAGAAGGUAUAAAAAUUUGCGUAUAUUGAAAGAUCACCACCUUAAGCCGUACAGAUUACAACAGUAUCAAUGUUCGGUUUGUGGAAAAAUAUUUCGUGAUAAAAACUGCGUAGCAGACCACGAACGAACUCAUAAUAAUGAAAGAGCGUACGUUUGUCCCAUAUGUGAUAAAGCUUUUAUGAUGAAAGACACAUUUCGGAAGCAUGUUCGCUCUCAUUCGAUUGCCGAAGAUCGAUUCAAGUGUGAAGUGUGCGGCAAAGGGUUUAAGGAAAAAAGUAAUUUGAAGGACCAUAUGAUAACCCAUAAUCCGCACCAUCGACCAAUUCUGUGCGCCGUAUGUCCAGCUACCUUUGCUCGCAAGAGUUGCCUGCAGGCUCAUAUGAAACAACACACCGGUGAAAAACCAUACAAAUGCGACCAGUGUGAUGCCGCUUACGCGUUUUCCACCGACUUGAAACGACAUAUUAUGGCACAUCAAGGCAUCAAACCGUACUUAUGCACCAUCUGCGGUAGAGGUUAUCCUCGAAAGGAUUAUCUACGGAAACACAUGGCCAAUCAUAAUAAUCAAGGGUAGUAGUAAAGAAGCACCGCAGAUGUACAAUGCAAUGUUUAAUUUAUUCUUAUAAGAAGAUGUAUGUUUUUUUCACGUUUUUAAUAUUAAAUAAGGAGAGUUUACUCAA